UGGUUAAUUGCAUUUACAUUCAACAUCAACUAAACUUGUAAAAGAUCAAAGAGAUGAAGAUAAAGUCUUUUAUUUUUGCUUUCUUUCUUUGUGCACUAAUUUUCAUUUCUGUUGUAGCAAUUGAACCACCCAAAGAUGAAGAGAAACAAACUCGUGCAUUUGAAGAAUCCAAAAUAAUACUUGGGAUAAAUAAAAAUAGACGAUUAAGAGAAAGUAGACAUCAUGGAAGGCUGCGAAAAAGACAUUCUAGUGAAGAUUUGAAGUUUUGGAUAAAUCAAGGUGGAGUGGGAGGUUCAUUCGAAAGCGGCGAUUUUAAAGGUUCGAUAAAUAUUGGAGGAAUUCAAGAUGGAGUUGAAAAUAUUGGGCUUGGAGGACAAGGUAAAAUAGGAAAUGAAAUAGGUGUGAGAGGAGGAGGAAAUAAUGAAUUUGAGGGACAAGGAGAAAGAAAAUAUGAAGUAAGUUCCAUAGGAGAAGAAAACAAAGAUUUGGAGGAGAACAAGAAAAUGAAGGAUUUGGAGGGUCUUAAGGACAGUCCAUAAAAACUAAAUGCAUGGAUGUAUUAUAAGUAAAUUUUACUUUUUAGAUUAAUUGAACAAUUGAUGUGUCUGGUAUAUAUAUAUAUAUAUAUAUAUAUAUAUAUAUAUAUAUAUAUAUAUAUAUAUAUAUAUAUAUAUAUAUAUAUAUAUAUAUAUAUAUAUAUAUAUAUAUAUAUAUAUAUAUAUAUAUAUAUAUAUAUAUAUAUAUAAACCAAAUAUAUUAAUUAUUCGAUAAAUUUAAAAAGUAAAAUUAACUUAUAAUUUAUUACGGAGUAGUAUCUAUAAUAAAAGCUUGCACUCUAUCUUACUCCAUGGCUAGACUUUAAAUUGAUCAAACUUUUAGUAUUGUAUUUUUUUUUUUUGUAAGCAAGGGAUAUAUUGAAGGGAGAACUAGGGGUUCUCCAACCCGUAUACAAAAACGACCCUAAGCCGACAAAAAACAAUAUUACAACCAAUUACAAUUACGACAAAUAAGACCAAGGAUCUUUGUAAAAAUCAUAAAAACUACAAUUGGGAUAAGUAAUAUUGCCGUAGGAGGACCACCUCCAAACCAAAAA